AUGGAGGUCAUACGUCGUUUUCGAAUUUUAACCCACGAGUAUAUAGCUUUUCAGAAAUAUACAAAUAAUUCAACCAUAAAAACGCUACCAGGAAUAAUUUAUGUUAAUGGAUUUCAUUCAGAAAUGCAAAAUUCUCGUAAAGUAACACAUUUGAUAAAUUAUUGUAAAAAGAAUAAUUUAGAUUUUUUAACAUUUGACCAUUAUGGUCAUGGGUUAUCUUCAGGUUCAUUUACUAAAGACAUAAAUAAUGUUACAAUUGGCAGAUGGUAUAAUGAUCUUUAUAAUAUAACGAAAAAUGAAACUACAAAUUCACAAAUUUUAAUUGGAUCAAGUAUGGGAUUUUGGUUAUCUUUGUUGAUAAUUUUAAGAGGGGAAGAACAGUUAAAAAAAAGAAUUACCGGCAUUAUUGGAAUUGCUCCUGCUAUUAAUUUCACUGAAAACAUCUUAAAGGAAGCUAAAGAAAAUGGAUUAUUCUUGGAUGAACAAAUUACACCACAUGAUAGUUUUUAUCAUAAACCAUCUAAAUAUUCACCAACCGGAACGUAUCCAAUUUCAUUUCAUUUUCUUCAAGAAUCUCGAAAUCAUUUAAUAGAUCUUAAAGGUAUCAGAAACAAAAUAAAUAUUCCUAUUGUACUUAUACAUGGUAAACUCGAUUCAGAUAUACCUUUUGAGGAAACUUUAAAUAUGGCUGAUACGUUAAAAAAUGUUUUCAGUGAUAAUAUAGAAAUAAUAUUAAUUAAAGAUGGUGAUCAUCGAUUAUCCAGAGAACAAGAUUUUAAUGUAUUAGAUGAGAAAAUUGGCAAAAUGACUGUUGGUAAUUUAUGA